UGGUGAGUGAAGGAGCAGCUUUUAUACAAAUGGUUUCCUCACAGCUACUGCAAGCUUAAAUGCUGAUGCUCACUGUGAAGGCUGAAGGGAAGAUUGCAGUGUACUAUACCUGACAACACAGAGAGGAUAGACACCACAGAUAUUUCCUGACCAUCACCCAAAGGAACAACUGCACGACUGUGGGAAAAAUCUAGUCCCUUCGCAGCAUUGCUCAACACAGACAAGGUUGGGCAGUGAAACCAUCAUCUGGAAAUUAAUCAGGUCAGGGGAACUUUGACAUAUCAUCAGAUCUGAAACUGGUCAGUGGUGUGGAGACUUCCAUCAGAACCAACCUUUCUGAAGGUUCCAGUGUGGGUGAUCAGUCAGAGUGAAGCUGGGUAGACGUUUGAGUGGCUCAAGACGUGGUGAGAGCCUCAAUCAUUCAUCGAGCCUCAAGAGACUCAUUCCUACAGUUGAGAGGCUUUUGUAUUUCAGCUGUAUCCGGGAGGUUCACAGCCUGACAAUAUUUCUUAACACAAGGUAUUACUGUUAACAUAACUGCACCCACCUGCAAAAGAAACCACUCAGGUUUUUGUGCACAAUCAAGGCUCAUGACUAAUCGACGUAUUCACAUGAGGGAGAAAUCAUUCACAUGCGAGGUCUGCAACAAAACAUUCUCGGAGUCAUCGAACCUCCGCAGACACCGACGCAUUCACACAGGAGAGAAACCGUUCACAUGCGACGUGUGUGAUAAAUCAUUCUCGCAGUCAGAGAACCUGCUCAGACACCAACGCAUCCACACUGGGGAGAAGCCUUUCACGUGUGAAGUGUGUGACAAAUCCUUCUCGGAAUCCGAGAACCUUCGUACACAUCUACGGACGCACACUGGGGAGAAACCAUACACAUGUGAGGUGUGUGACAAAUCAUUCUCCCUCUCCUCUACCCUCCGCAAACACCAACUCGUUCACACAAAGGAAAAACCAUUUAAGUGUGAGGUGUGCAACAAAUCAUUCUCAGACUCAUCGACCCUUUGUUCACACCAACGCAUUCACACAGAGGAGAAACCAUUCACGUGUAAAGUAUGCGAUAAAUCAUUCUCUAACUCAUCGACCCUCUGCAAACACAAACGCAUUCACACAGGACAGAAACCAUUCAGAUGUGGAUUUUGUGAGAAGGCUUUUACCAACUCCUCUGAUCUGCUGAAGCACCAACACAUUCACACAGGAGAGAAACCAUUUACUUGCAAGGUGUGCUAUAAAUCAUUCUCGGCAUCAUCAUCCCUCCGCACACACCAACGCUUUCACACAGGGGAGAAACCAUUCACUUGCAACAUCUGUGAAAAAGCUUUCACCAUCUCAUCUGAUCUCCUGAAACACCAAUACAUUCACACAGGGGCAAAACCAUUUCCCUGCAAGCUGUGUAACAAAUCAUUUUCACAGUCAACAAAUCUCCGCAGACACCAACGUGUUCACACAGGAGAGAAACCGUUCACAUGCGAGGUGUGUGACAAAUCGUUCACAGAACGAUCAAACCUGCACAGACACCAGCGCAUUCACACUGUGAAGUGACUUCUCAUUUGUGACAUUUGUGUUAAACGAAGUGUGAUGUCUUCGAAUGUCCUGGGACAUCAGAGGAUUCACAAGGGGAGAAAUUCUUCAAGUUUGGUGUUUAUGACCAGGCUGUCACCCACUCCUCUCCCACCUCCUUGAAACAUCAGAUCUACAGAGGUUAGAAACCAUUCAGGUGUGAGAUGUGUGACAAUUGAGAGUGACUUUGAACAGCAUGCUGGCACUUGGGUGAGAAAGGGACUUGUUAAUCUCUGCCUAGAAAUGUAUUUGUAUCUCACAUUUAACUGUAACUUACUGUUUAUAAGUCUAAAUUUCAUCCAGCUUUACACUGGGAUUACAAGCUCUCUACUUGAGAUCUGUUCGUUAAGUUACUUAAUUAAGUGAAAUUAGUUGAUUAAGAAAACCACCUUAAUAUUUUCCUUACCUGGGACUGAGCUAGCUCAUAUCCAGGCAUCUGUGUGACUUUGAACAGAGUGCUGGGAGUUGGUGACAAAGAGAAGAAAGUGCUUCUUUUCUUUCGCUAACUUUUCACCAUGUUGGAAUUGGUUCUGACUCAAUUACAGGGGUAAUUGUGGGUGGGUAUUUGGUUAGUGGUUCAGGGCUGUUUUAUUGCUACAGUUUAAAAUUGUCUCGGAGCAGUAGUAAGAUUAAUAAAAUAUUUAAAAGAAAUGAAAUUAU